UGCCUGGGCUACGGAGCCGGGUGUGGGGGCGGGCGCCUGUAGUCCCAGCUACUUUUUUUUCCAUAGAAAAGAAAGUAUUUUCUAUGGAGUCUCCCAUGAAAUUGAGAUUAGAUAAUCUAUAGUUAUUGAGAAAGGAAUAUUCAAGAUAAGAGUUGAUCACUGUAGCACAUAUGCGAGUGAUAAUUCGAAAAGUAAAUAUAAUUAAAUAUAGUUUAACAGAUAUGAAAAUGAAUCCAAAGUCAAGAGUCUUGUUUCCUCCUGAAAUAUCUAUAUAAGUACAUGGGAUAUUUUUUUCCAGACUGAGAAGAGCAUGUGAACUGAUAUUGUUGAUUACUUUUUCUCCAUUGAGUGUAUCUUUUAAAAUACUCAGUAUUUACCAUAAUACUCUGCAGAUUACAAUGUACACAUUGUUAAUACUACACUGUUAAUUUGCCUUUUAAAUACUUAAUAUUUACUUUUUUCAAAGGUUAUAUUUGUGUAUUCUGUAUAAAAUCCUACUGUAAUUUAUUCCAUAGCCUUGUAGUUUUACAUUAUUUACUGUUAUAUAGUAGAAAGUGGCUAACGUCACCUAAUGCUAUUUUCUAAACAUUUAUUAUCAUUUUCUUAUGUUUUUAACCAUUGCGUAUUAAAAUAUUUUAAAAUUAUCAGUAUGACAACUAUUAGGCAAAUAGUCUUGGAAAUUGAUUUGUGUUUCAAUGAUCCAAGUAUUACUGCAAAGUCGUGAUAAUAGAGAUAGUAAGAAUCUUAUAAGGGAAAUGGUAAAUACAUCUUUAAAGAUUGUAUCAGAAACAGUUCUGUGACAAUAUCUUAUUUCUUUACAAGUUUGAAUUCCAGAAAUCAAGUGAAUUUCCACUGACUUUGCAUUUUCUGGUAAUUUCGUUUUUCUUAUCAAGCUAUAUUUUAAAUGUAAAAGUAUCCGACAAUAGAAUUGCUGAUCUCGUGGUCCCUCUUGUCUUCACAGGUAAGGGAUAUUUUGUAAUAUUUAAGGGAUUUUAAGGAGUAUAUGUACAAGCAGAAUGUUAGCUAUUUCUUCAAUAGAAAACUUGGCGACAUUUUCUUUUGCCCGUAUUUAUUAAGUGUUUACUAUAUUUUCUAGGUCGUGUUCAAAUGAUACCAUCCAGUAAACAUUUGGGAGAUUAAAAAGUCAUUAAACUAACAUAAAGGUAGCCUGGUUAAUAAAAUGAUAUUCUUUUUAACAUGAUUAUAUUUACUGAAACCUAAACAUUUUGUGAAAUAGUAUGUCGUAUAGAAAAUGUUAGGAUUUUGACUUGUUAUGUAAGUGCAAAGCUAUGUAUUUUACAAUUUUUAAUAAUUGCUUUAUCAGUAAUAGCAACUUGAAGAAAUGCUAUCUAGAUGCUACUAAUUUGAAAAUAGUGCAAAGACGUUUACCAAAGUUGUUCUAUCAUGCUUUUGAUUUCUAGAAAGUUGAAAUAUCCCUAUUACAGUUUUUGGGAUAAUAUAAAAAGUAGAUAGGUGUUAUAGAUAAAGAAAUAGGUUUUCAUCGAUUUGAAAAUUAGACCUCCAAGAAGAAACUCAGGUGAGAAUGCCAGUAAAAUAGUUUUAGUUGUUUUUGAAAAUAACAUAAACAGAAUGUCACUAUUAAACACUGAAAUUGGAAUAAAAAUUUGGUUUAUGAGUAACAUGGAGAUAGCGUACAAACAGAAAAACUCAAAAAUUUUAAUUAGAUAUGUUUAAAUAGAGAUGAGAAAAGUCAAAACUUUAACUCUUAAAAGUUAUUUUUAUCAGUUUGGAAAUACAUUAACUCCUGCCUAUAUAAAAUACACCAAUACAAACUUCUCUAGUAAGGAUUGGGUUUACAUGACUUUAGAUGCAUGUUUCUGUAAUAUUUUAAUGAUGCACUUAUAUUGACGCAUUUGAAGACACAGUUUAAUGAUAUAUUUUGACUAGAGAUAAGUGAUUUAAAAAAUGAUAAGAAUCAUGUCAUUGAAAGUGAGAAUACUUGAGAAAUAUUGACGAAUAUAAGCUAAAUAAAGCAAAACAAAGUAAAACACUUACCCUUUCAUCCGCAUGAUGUCGCUGGACACCGCAAGAUUUUUCUGCCUUCCCAACCUCAAAGGAGUACAGUGAGUACAUUUUCCUUAGACAGAAAGGAAAAGAACCUUCCCUUUUUGGCUCUGCCAAGAAGCUAAAAAAGGUGAUAAUAUAAAAAUAUAUAGGUAAUUGGGAAUUGAAUUUACAAAAUACAUUGUGUGAUGAUGCAAUAGAGAGCUGAUAAUCGGAAGGAGAUUGAGAUGGUAUAUUCCCGGAGAGGAAGUCCGGGAUCCCGGCUCCUGCUGCUGUGGCUUCUCCUCGUCUACUGGAAGGCAGGGAGCGGCCAGCUCCACUACUCGAUCCCGGAGGAAGCCAAACACGGAACCUUCGUUGGCCGCAUCGCGCAGGACCUGGGGCUGGAGCUGGCAGAGCUGGUGCCGCGCCUGUUCCGGGUGGCGUCCAGGGGCCGCAGGGACCUUCUGGAGGUAAAUCUGCAGAAUGGCAUUUUGUUUGUGAAUUCUCGGAUCGACCGGGAGGAACUGUGCCGGCGGAGCGCGGAGUGCAGCAUCCACCUGGAGGUGAUCGUGGACAGGCCGCUGCAGGUUUUCCAUGUGGAGGUGGCAGUGAAGGACAUUAAUGACAAUCCGCCCAGGUUCUCCAGACAAGAACAAAGAUUAUUCAUUUUAGAGUCAAGAAUGCCAGAUUCGCGGUUUCCGGUAGAGGGCGCGUCGGAUUUGGAUAUCGGAGCAAACGCACAAUUGAGAUACAGGUUAAAUCCUAACGAAUAUUUUGACUUAGAUGUUAAAACAAAUGAAGAAGAAACGCACUUUUUAGAGCUAGUUUUGAGGAAAUCCUUAGAUAGAGAAGAAACACAAGAACAUCGUUUAUUAGUGAUUGCAACUGAUGGAGGACAACCCGAACUAACAGGUACAGUUCAGUUGUUGAUCAAUGUAUUGGAUGCUAAUGAUAACGCCCCAGAAUUUGAUAAAUCCAUUUAUAAUGUCAGAUUGUUGGAAAAUGCACCAAGUGGGACAUUAGUUAUUAAACUGAACGCCUCAGAUGCAGAUGAGGGCAUCAAUAAAGACAUAGUGUAUUUCUUUAGUAAUCUUGUUCUUGACGAUGUAAAGUCCAAAUUUAUAAUUAAUUCUAAUACUGGUGAAAUAAAAGUUAAGGGGGAACUGGAUUAUGAAGACUGUAACUCAUAUGAAAUUAAUAUUGAUGCCAUGGAUAAAAGUGCAUUCCCAUUAACAGGACACUGUAAAGUAGUAGUGAAACUCCUGGAUAUGAAUGAUAAUACCCCAGAGAUGGCCAUAACCUCCCUUUUCCUGCCUGUGAAAGAGGACGCUCCAGUCAGCACGGUCAUUGCUCUGAUCACCGUGUCUGACCGUGACUCAGGUGCUAACGGGCAGGUGACCUGCUCCCUAAUGCCCCACGUCCCCUUCAAGCUGGUGUCCACCUUCAAGAAUUACUACUCGUUGGUGCUGGACAGCGCCCUGGACCGCGAGAGCGUGUCGGCCUAUGAGCUGGUGGUGACCGCGCGGGACGGGGGCUCGCCUUCACUGUGGGCCACGGCCAGCGUGUCUGUGGAGGUGGCCGACGUGAACGACAACGCGCCAGCGUUCGCGCAGUCCGAGUAUACCGUGUUCGUGAAGGAGAAUAACCCGCCGGGCUGCCACAUCUUCACGGUGUCUGCGUGGGACGCGGACGCGCAGUCCGAAAGAGAUGAGAACGCUGGUGUCCUACCGCUGGUGGAUGGGCAGCGGCGGGUGGGCGAGCGCGCGCUGUCGAGCUACGUGUCGGUGCACUCGGAGAGCGGCAAAGUGUACGUGCUGCAGCCGCUGGACCACGAGGAGCUGGAGCUGCUGCAGUUCCAGGUGAGCGCGCGCGACGCGGGUGUGCCGCCUCUGGGCAGCAAUGUGACGCUGCAGGUGUUCGUGCUGGACGAGAACGACAACGCGCCGGCCCUGCUGUCGCCUCGAGUGGGUGGCACCGGCGGUGCAGUGAGCGAGCUGGUGCCGUGGUCGGUGGGUGCGGGCCAAGUGGUGGCGAAGGUGCGCGCAGUGGACGCCGACUCGGGCUACAACGCGUGGCUUUCGUAUGAGCUGCAGCCAGCGCCUGGCAGUGCGCGCAUCCCGUUCCGCGUGGGGCUGUACACAGGCGAGAUCAGCACAACACGCUCUCUGGAUGAGACCGAAGCACCGCGCCACCGCCUUCUGGUGCUGGUGAAGGACCAUGGAGAGCCCGCGCUGACAGCCACAGCCACAGUGCUGGUGUCGCUGGUGGAAAGUGGCCAGGCGCCGAAGGCCUCAUCGCGGGCGUCGGCGGGCGCUGUGGGUCCCGAGGCUGCCCUGGUGGAUGUCAACGUGUACCUGAUCAUCGCCAUCUGUGCGGUGUCCAGCCUGUUGGUGCUCACGCUGCUGCUGUACACCGCGCUGCGGUGCUCGGCGCCGCCCACCCAGGUCGUGUGCACGCGGGGCAAUCCCACUCUGGUGUGCUCCAGCGCAGUGGGGAGCUGGUCCUGCUCACAGCAGAGGAGGGAGAGGGUGUGCUCUGGAGAAGCCCCACCCAAGACGGACCUCAUGGCUUUCAGUCCAAGCCUUCCUCAGGGUCCCACCUCUGCAGACAACGUGAGUUUUCUGAUAGUAACAUCCAACUUUCCCUCCCAAUUUUUAAAUAUUAAGUGUCACAUUCACCCAGUUUUUUAAAAUUACGCCCUAGUACAUAAAUAUUGUAGUACACAAUUAUUGCACUAA